AUGCCGAGUCCAGCCUCAACGGAAGAACAGCUUCUGGCUGUUGACGGAGACACCAAGAGGCCGAGGUGGGCUAUCGUUGAGAAGGCUGAAAGGUCACACCGUCGUGUACCGGGAUUGAGAAAGAUACCACUGCCCGCGCUGGCUAUUAUACUGUUCGUUGCAUUUAUUAAUAUAUUGGUUUGGAUUGCAGUCGGGAUUGUGUUGGUAAGUUUGUACAUUGAUUCAAACAGGCUGCAAGGUGCUAACCGAGGACCAGGCAUACCAUCCGCUAUUGAUUUAAUGACGCGGCGUCUCCUUGCAACUGGCCAGAAAGCAGUUACAGUAGGGACCUUCUUCUCCCUUGGUCACUCAACUAUUGUCAUCGUCACCUCGAUUGUGGUGGCAGCCACCGCAGCAGCAGUAUCAGAUAAGUUCGACAAAUAUGGCUCAAUAGGUGGUAUCAUCGGGAGCUCCGUCAGCUCCGCAUUCCUUAUUCUGCUAGGAAUCAUGAAUGGGUAUAUCUUGUAUAAACUCAUUCUACAGAUGAAGAAAGUCCUCAAUAACAGAGACGGGGGAGAAGAAAUGUGGAAAAUUGAGGGAGGAGGUAUUCUAUUCUCCAUUCUCAAAGGGAUGUUCAAGAUAAUCGACCGACCUUGGAAAAUGUACCCACUUGGAGUCUUGUUUGGACUGGGUUUCGACACAUCUUCGGAAGUUGCUCUUCUUGGGAUAUCCUCCAUCCAAGCAUCAAAGGGAACAAGUAUCUGGUUAAUCAUGAUACUCCCCAUUUUGUUCACGUCUGGUAUGUGUCUGAUCGACACUAUCGACGGAGCUCUCAUGCUCUCCCUAUACGUUCAACCAGCAACACACUUUCUACGCUCAAAGUCGCAAUCAUCAUCGUCAAUUUCGGCGCCAAUUGUAGCGGAUGGGCCUCCAUCACAGCCUUCCGCAGCUGAGGAGCCCAUAUCCCGUAAUCCACGAGAUCCGGUCGCCUUUCUGUAUUACUCCAUAGUUCUAACUUGUCUGACCGUUGUAGUUGCCAUUGUGAUUGGGAUUAUCCAGCUCCUGACUCUCCUGCUAAACGCCUUGCAACCACAUGGAAAGUUCUGGGACGGCGUCCAGGUUGCUGGCGACUAUUACGAUGUCAUUGGCGGCGCCAUCUGCGGGCUUUUCAUUAUUUUUGGAGGCUUGAGCGUUCUCAUUUAUCCACGGUGGCGGCGGUGGGUAGGGAAGAAGAACAACCUCCCUAGAGAUAGCACUGGCGAUGGGGUCCAGAUUGAUGAAGAGAGUGGGAUCAGUGGCCUGAACUACAAUGCACCAAAUGCGGGAAGCCCGUCCAAUUUUAGGGCGGGUGAAGAUCCUUUGAAAACCUCCAAAACUGGGACCGUUGUUGGUGCGGACCUUGCUUGA